AUGGCCAACCAGCUGACCGAGGAGCAAAUUGCCGAGUUCAAGGAAGCCUUCUCUCUGUUUGACAAGGACGGGGAUGGCUGCAUUACCACCCAGGAGCUGGGCACCGUCAUGCGGUCCCUGGGCCAGAACCCCACAGAGGCUGAGCUCCAGGGCAUGGUGAACGAGAUCGACCGGGAUGGAAAUGGCACGGUGGACUUCCCCGAGUUCCUGGGCAUGAUGGCCAGGAAGAUGAAAGACACGGACAGCGAGGAGGAGAUCCGGGAGGCCUUCCGCGUGUUCGACAAGGACGGCAACGGCUAUGUCAGCGCAGCCGAGCUGAGGCACGUGAUGACCAGACUGGGGGAGAAGCUGAGCGAUGAGGAGGUGGAGGAGAUGAUUCGGGCGGCAGACACGGACGGAGAUGGGCAAGUGAACUACGAGGAGUUUGUGCGCAUGCUGGUGUCCAAGUGA